AACAUGAUAAGAGAGCCCGCCUCUUAAGUUGACAUCACCCUUCCUGGAGCACGGUUUAACUACAGACACUGCAGAGCUGCAAUCAUUCGCACUAUGAUGAACUUCAUCUUGACAACAGCUUUAAUUAUCUGCAGCAUCAGCUGGAUCUCUGUCUCAGUUUCUGAGUCUCAGACUGUGAAGGUCCAGCCUGGUCAAGAAGUCACACUGUCGAGUAAUAUCAUUGCCAAACAUUCAGGCAUGACAACCUGGUUCAGAGUGGUCAACAGAACCAAGGCCAGCUGUAUCUCCGUUAUGGCCAAGGCUGACAGCAAUCCUAAAUACUGUGAUGGAGUAGAAAAUGGAAAAUUUGAAAUGAGCUCCAACACCUCCACUGUCUUUCUCAAAAUUAAGACAGUGAAUUUUUCUGACUCUGGGCUGUAUUUGUGUGGAUUUUUCAUAGAUGGACAGACAAUUUUAAGUGUGAUACAUUUAAAUGUUGAAGGCAGUGAUGAAUCUCAUGAUGACGUUGACAGAAAGUCUACAACAGAGAGUGAUAGAAUAGCAAACCUGAUGAGUGUGAUCCUGGGCGGCCUGACUGUUUUCCUCAUUAUGGUCAUCAUCUGUCUGGUUGUUAAAAACAGGAAACUUCAAAAAGCUGCCAACAAAGAACAGAAUCCACAACAGCAUGAGAAUCUGGACUCUGAUGACCUGAAAGCACUGAGAUUGUAUUCAACAACAAUAAGAAACAGGAGGCCUGCAUCAGAGAGAGAAGUGGAAACUCAUGUUGUUUAUGCUGCCUGCAGAUAGACUCAGAGUGGAACUGAUGCUUUUGUCAUAUUAACCCACUGUAUUGUAUUAUAUUAGAUUAGAUUAUGUACAGUGUAAUUCCUCUGAAUUAUGGUUCAGUCCUUUGUACUAACAGUGUACCAGUGGUUUACAUACAUAUAGGUAGGCACUUAGAAGAAGAUAUGACAUAAUGAAAUAAGGGUGCAACAGCUAUAAAUAACUAUACUACU